CAAAAUGGCGAAUGAUAAGGUAAAGGAUUUACUUAAGAAUAAAAAGAAAAAGAACUAUGUGUCUUGUAUGAUAGCUCUUCAUAAAACCGGAGAAGCCGUGUUGCCUUUUACCGAAGAUAAACUCCAACAAGCUCAUCAGCAAAUUUCACAACAACUAGGGAAUCAGAUCCUUUGCCAACAACAAUGUAGCCGAACUUUACGAGACGUUAACAGAUGGUGCAUCACUUGUGGGUUGUGGAGACAAGCGUUGAUAGGGUUUCAUACCAAUCCAAGGGAGUUGAUAUGACACAAGCUUCAAUCAUGGGAAUGGCCAAAACAUCACAUGAACCUAGUUGAAGUAUUUAUGAUACAAAACUGGGAUAAAGCUAACAUGAAUGCAAGUGAUUUAUCAGUGGCGUUAACCGUUUGGAAAAAAUGUUCAGUUUUUCCAGCCAGAAUAUUGCGGUUGGCUGAUAAUCUACGGAAAAGCAGGAACAAGUUAGCUCACACAACAUCGCUAGAUAAUCAUGACAAACAAACUGUAUUUUUUCAUAUAAAACAGGUUAUUCAACACGCUGAUGUUGUCAACUUCUUACACAAUCCCCUCGAGAUACAAAACAUUAUCACAGAUCUUGAAAAUGGUGACCUUUUUAAAUUUGAAAACGAUUUAAAUGAAAUAAUGAACAACACACAAGAAGUAAAAGAGAGGUUACGAACUAUUGAUACAAAGCUAAACAUGGUACACGCGGACCAAACGAAGGCAUUUAGAACCAUAAGCAACAUUACAUGGGGUCUCAUAGCAGCGUUUAUUAUUGGAUUUGUAGCUCUACUAGUCUCAAUUAAACCAGACUUACAUAUGAUCUUCGGUAGACCACAUAUCAAACAAACAAUGGAGAAAACAGGUUGCUUGCGUGAGUAUUCUGCUUUAUUUCCAACAUCGCCGCUGCUUGUAGAUUACUUUAAACAUCAUGGACCUCUCGUUGGGCGGGUAUGGCUGUUUCAGUUAUUAGAAGAAGAACUGAACAAUACCAAGAAAAAUGGCAUCCUACUGGAAGCUGACAUGGGGUAUGGGAAAUCUGCUAUUGCUGCUCACAUUACAUGUGCCAAAGAGGGCGACCAAGGUAUAGAACUGAGGAAAAGGCUUAUUGCUUUUCAUGUUUGUAAAUUUGAUGUUAAGAAAACACACGACGCCGGCGUCUUUAUUCAGCGACUAGUUUUAAUGAUCUCAAACAAUAUUCCAGAAUUUAAUGACACUAUGAAUGAAGAAUGUUUGCAUUCCUUUAUAACAGGGCAAUGCGACUCCGACCCGUUUGGUUGCAUAGAUAAAUGCAUCAUUUUUCCUUUAGAACGAACGAAUAUAUCAGAUGAUAGAAAGGAGUACAGCCUUAUAAUUAUCGAUGCUUUGGAUGAAUGCUAUGAAACAUUUUUGUUUGAAAAAAGUAACAUAAUUUUCAAUCUCAUCGAACGCCGUGCAAAUUUGCUGCCCAGGUGGAUAAAGUUGUUGGUAACAAGUAAAAGGCUAUCACGUAAUGAAAGACUUGAAGAUAAUUUAGACAGGAUUUUCUUUCAUAACCUUGAAGCCCGGAAUUUAAAUGACCUUGAUCUAUACUUUAACCAGUCUCAUGUUUCUAGAGAAAAGAAAUUAACGUUUUUCCAGCUUGCCGUUAAUGCAGAUCCAACAAAGACAAACCAAAUAAGCGAUUUGAAUAGAUAUUAUCGAGACCAGUUUGAUAGAUGGUAUGAUCACGGGUUCUAUUUGUCAAAGUCCAUUUUGGAAGCAUUGUUGACAACUUAUCUUAAAAAAACUCCAAAAAAUAUAAGGGAAGUGAUUUCUUUUACUGCUGUCAGCAAUGUACCAAUUUUGUCGUUUGAAAGGGAGCUAUCCAUCAUACAACAGUUCACAGAUAUUGUAAAUGGCGAAAUUGAGUUCAAACAUUUUUCGUUAUUCAAGUGGCUGCUAGAAAAGUGCCCCCGUGAGUAUAGAAUUUCCCUUUCUAAUGGUCAUGACGCCAAUGCACAAUACAUUCUGUAUAAACUAAACACAUCCAAUUUUACUUUUGAUGUCACUGAUUUACUUUUACACGUACAUUAUUCUAAUGAGGGUUCAGGUAUACAAGAACAGUUUAUGAACAUACCAAAAAAUGUCAUCUCUACAAUGGAGGAAAAGUUUCUUGAAGGACCCGUGGUAAGAAUAGUUAAAGGAGGAAAAAUGAAAGAAAUACCGGAAAUACUGUUCCACCACUUUCCAGGUGGCAACCACUUUAGUGCUGAAAACAUUUCAGUGGGGUUUAUUGCUGCAGAGAACGGAUAUACUUACUCUUUAAAGCAACUGGUAAAUCACGGAGCGGAUAUUCACUUUCGCAUGCCGUCGUUUUUCAAUAUGUUAACGAUGCAUGACGCUGUGGAAAUAGCAACUAAUUUUAAGCACUGGAAUUACGGAUUGUUAGACAUAGCAGCACAACACGGACAUUCAGAAACAGUUGGACUAAUUUUACAAGAUGACUUAUUCUCCACGUAUAAGUUGCAUGAACGAAACGGAUUGAACCUCUCACCAUGGCAUCUUGCUUGCAAGUUUAAUCGUAUCGAAGUGGUUAAAGUGUUUUUACAGUUCAAUAGUUCUGCUGUGGACUGGAAAUGUUUGUAUUUUGCAGCUGAAAACGGCUAUUUCGAACUCGUAAAAUUCCUGUUAGAAGCAGGAGUUUAUGACAAAUGUGUUUUAUGCACAAAUGAAUUAUACUGGAUUCCAAACGACACUGUUAGAGUGCAAGGAAAUAAGGUCCCUGAAAACAAUUCAAUGUACGUUCUUUUCGAUGACUGGAGCGAAUUGGCAUGUGAAUCCGCUAUACAUGCAGCUAUACGUCAUAAUCACCUUAAUGUUGUUAGAGAGUUGUUGAAGAACAGCAAGCAUUCAACGCUUCAUUGUCUGGAUCGAGGAGGUCGCCCGGCGCUAAUCGCUGCACUUCAAAGUAAUCGUACUGAAAUGGUUACACUAUUUCUUAAAAUGAGCAACGCACACAGAAUAAAAGUUCUAUGCCAGAAGGUUACAAUGAUAGAAGAUAUUAUUCAAUUACAUCACAAAGAACUGGUUAAGUUAAACAAUAUGAAAUGCAAAGCCGGACACGGUAUAGAGCAUGCCAUGACGCCGAUGUCUGCGAUGUUACAAAGUAUUAAGUAUCAUACAAAUCUUGAUUUUAGUCGAAGAGAUGAAGACGACUGUUUACCCAUCCAUUAUGCAGCAUGUGGAAACAACGUUGAAUACCUUCACUUUUUACUGCAACGUCAUGAGAUGCUGUUUGAAACACUUCUUUGCUUUAAUAACACAAACGCCUUUCAUUCAACGAUUCACUGUAGAGCAUUCGAUACCUUCAUUUAUUUUAUAAAGUUCUAUGAGACGUUGACGUCAAAGUACCGUUUUGAACAAUAUUUUCAACAAUAUGUGUUGUACCUGCUCACACUGUCAAAUAACCAAGAAGAAUUCGCAAAGGACGCCACUGAUAAAACAUGGAGUGAAAUGUUCAAACUUAUGAUCGAAAAGUUUCACGUUGAUAUUUCAAUGAUGUCAGAUGAGAACGGUAACAGUUUGCUUCAUAACAUCGUUAAAAACGGGCAUUUUAAAAUACUUUAUAAUCUUGUAGCAAAGAAGCGCAAUGUUACUUUACAGUUGUUGCAAAGCAAUUCAGUCACAAGACAGUCACAAAUUAGAUAUUUAGCAAAAUACAUGCCUAGGCGCAAGUAUGUCCGGACUGAAUUAUUUUUUGAUAGUUAUUUAACAAGUCCACAUUCAGUUCAGAAAGAGCAGAACAAGCUAUCGGCGAGUGAAUACUCCUUUUCAAUAGCAUCUCGCUUUUUAACAGUAUAUGGGAUAUUUCAAAUGGAAGACAAGAUUACCAUUAUGAAACAAUUACUUCAAAGAAAGAGUUAUAAUUUGGUUGACAUUUACCUCAAACAUGUCAUUUCUAGAGAUGCUUUAUUCAAGUCAAAUGUGUUCGCCACGAUUCUGGACUUCGACAACACUGGCUAUGCUUCUACACAGUAUCUGUCCUUUCUACUUCACGACAUUGAAACGCAGCACACAUUGUCUUUAAAGAGAUAUGAAAUACUAAUGUGUUCUACUUGCUACGAUCUACGAAACCGUUGCCAGGCACACAAGUUUACACAUAAAAUAUCUCGAUUUCAAGGAAAUUUGAAUAGAAAUGUUAGCUUUCUAUAUGAAACAAUUUGUCUUGGUGUAUUUAAACUUAUGAUAGCAUACACCGAUAAUGAAGUGUUGUCAUCUUGUGUUGAUCAACAUGGAUUGAAUGUCUUAGAAUUAGCUAUAUACAGUAAGUCAGCAAUGUUGAUGAAGUUCUUCAUAGAGAAAGGUGUUCAAACUAAAGUCUCCCCUGAGGUACUCUUACUUCGCUCCUAUAAGAAGAACGAUCAUAUUGAAACAAUACCCGUUACCUUAUUAAAUGUCCCAUCUUAUAUCUCUACAGAUCUGGUAGACUAUCAUUUCUUAACAUAUAAACAGAUCAUAAAACUAGUUGAAAGAACAACAAAUACAACAAUUGGUAAACAUGAAAACGCUGAAUUACAUCAACUUAUGAUUGCAAACAAUGUACGUUUUGUCAGAAACCCAUUCUUUAUUCCAGAAAAAAAUGACCAUUUUUACGCCAGUUUUAUUGGUGUAUAUAAUCAUCUAUUAUCGAAAUCUUUUAUUUGCACAGAACGUUCUUCAAACUUCUCUUUGAUUCACUUGCUGUCACUCCAUGGUUAUACCAACUCGAUAGAAACCUGCGUUAAGUACUUCGGAAGGAAUAUUUUGACAUGUUUAAAUAUUGACCAUUUUACACCAUUAUAUCUUUCUUUAGUUUACGAUACAACAAAUAAAACCUUUAAUACUAUUUUAGAAAACAGUUUAAACAAACAACUAACCUUUCCUAGGAAGAACGCAGAAAAACAUUUUCUUUAUAAAUUUGUAACCAAAUUCUAUUUUUCAAAUGGUAAAAAUGGUAGAUCGCUGUGCUUUUUACGAUAUUUAAAGAAAACUCAAACACGCUUAUCUAACACGAUAAAAUUGUACAGGUGUUUAAAAUCAAUAGCCUACCCACUUGUUAAAACUGGCAUAUUUAAAAUAUUUAUUGAAAGACUUAGAUAUGAAUUGAUUAAUCGUUCUUUUGGAGAACUUCGCGAAGCUUUUUUAAAGAAAUUGGAAGAUUUAAACUCAUUUUGGAGGACUUCAUACACAAACGCUCUCGUCUCUGUUGAAGAUGAGAAUAAAGCCCAGAUUAGCCUUUCCCAAAUGAUGAAACUCAGGCGUUUUAUGUGCAUAAAGUAUAUGGGUAUAGUUAGACUAAGCUUAAAGGAAAGAAAUAUAACAGUGAUUUCAGAUGAUUUUUUGGACUGUAAAGGUAAAACGGUUGUAUUAACAUAUUUUGAAAAGCUUUUGUUAAGAAAGGCACUUUCGAAACAGUUCGAAGAAAUGUGUACAAAUUACCUUUUCGAUAUUGAAGAAAUGUAUUGCAUAAAGUGUUCUGAGGAAAUGAAUUAUGCUACUAAACAAUUAUAUAAACAUUGUUUUGCUCUUGCAAACAAAUAUUUUCAGAUGCUUUUUUUACGUACAAUAUAUUUGCAUUCGCCAAACUUUAAAAAUUCAUUUUUAGGACUAAGGUUUGGUCAAAUAUUUCGUCAUAUAAAUGAUUUCAAGAUGUUUUCCGAUAAUGCAAUAUAUAAAUACAACUACAUGGAUGCAGUAAGAUUGCUUGCAUUUGUCCAGUUUUCAUUUCGGCAUAAUUUAACAGUUGAGUUGGAAUAUAAAAGAAAAUUGGUUGAUAAUUUGGAAUACAUACACUCGUCUUGGUCCAGUGAACUUAUACGCAAUGUUUACAAAAAGUUGAAGAAUGCACAUGACGGCGAAUAUUAAUAUGUAAAUAAUGAUGACAUCCAUUGAUUUUCUGAAAAUAAUGUUGUUUUAUCAAAAAAGAGGGAUUGUUAUAGUGCAUACGGGUAUGGACUUCCUUCUGGUCAAAUAAGUCGAUAAACCGACGAUGGAAGAAAAAUCGCGACAAAUGGUGCAAUUCCAAUAUAAAUAGCUUAUUUCCAAAGGUAAAAAAAAGUUAAAGCUUUAUUUGUCAACCAACCAUCCUUUGCAUGAAAGAAAACAAUUAUUAUGGUGAAAGGGAUCAGUCAAUGUUAUAGAAGGACACUUUGAAACAAUAUGCUCAUAUGUUUUACUUCAUGUGUUAUACUAUUAUUAUUAACGUUUGCUUAUGCCAAUCACAACGGUAUGGUUAGUGUACUUUUUUGUGUAGUGAAAUUAUAUGUUCUAUUAAUGGGUUAAUAUAAAAUUUAUAAGCAUAUUUAUCAUAGAAAACUUAGUUCUGAUUCAGUUGUAUUUUAUGUUGAUACGGUUAUGAAGUAUUAUUAUAAAUAUAAAACGAGAUUCAGUUGUAUUUUAUGUUGCUAUCGUUAUAAAGUAUCAUUAUCCGUUUUAUGAUAAAUACAAUCAAUAUGUAUAAUAGUAUGAUGAUGAAAUGUUUUGUUUACUGUUUAUUUUGUACAAUGACUAUAGUGCUUUAGAAUUUAUGGUAAAGAUAUCCAACAUAUACUUGGAAGCUUUAUGUGUUUGAUGUUAUUUUCGUUUCUAAUGUGUGCGUUUUAUCGUAUAUGUGUCGGUGUUGUUAAUAAUGAUUCACUUUUUUGUUUAUUUAAACGUGUUUUGAUAUUUCUGAUGCCAAUUCAUCGUGAAUAUGUUUCAAUAUGACUGUAUAUAUAUAGUCUCAUUGUUACAGACAUACAAGUGCAGAAAUAAACAAAUGUGUAUUCAGACUGUGCAUUACAAUAACUUGAAUUGUUCUUAAGUUCAUUUUCUAUUACAUAUCGUUUGCAUACCAUGCUAUGCACUGUUUGGUUUGAAUGUAGUCUAAGUGUGUCCGGAGGGGUUAAUUCAUAUUUAUUUAACCUUAAAACUAAGUUGAGGCAGAGCUGUGUUUUCUACUUCUUUCUUUAUUAAUCACUAUGCUGUAAUAUGUCAAUAUGCUGUUGGUAUUGGUAUACGCCAUUUGUUCUUAUAACUGCAAUAUGUCAUUUGUUCAUAUAACUGUAAUAUGCCAUUAUGUUGCUAUCAUUGUAAUUUGCCAUUGUGUUGUUAAUAUGGUAAUAUGUCAUGUUGUUGUAAUCAUUGUUGUAUGCCAUCUUGUUGUUUCCAAUGUAAUUGUCCAUUAUGUUUAAUGUCAUGUUUGUAGUAGGCCAUCUAUUAUUGUAAUAUGCCAUUAUGCUGUUAUUAUUGUAGUAUAACAUUUUCUUGUAAAUAUUGUUAUAUGCCAUUUGUUGUUAUCAUUGUAGUAUGAAAUUAUGUUCUUAUUAUAGUAAUCGACCAAUAUUGGAUUUUAUAUAAAUGAAUGCACAUGUAUAAGAAAGUAGUUUAAUAUCAGAUUGUGAUUUAAUCUGUGUUAUUUUCACUAUGUACUUGUGUUACGUGAAACUGUAUUGUUUAGGAGUCAAAAGUAAAUAACAGUAGCUUUUCUUUCUAUUUUUUAGUUUUCUUGUCAGUAUUGUUUAGGUAUAUAUAAAUAUUGUUCACGUCGAUAUUAUUUCCUUUAUGACAAUGGAUACUAAAGAGACAAGUCGUUCUAUAUAAACGCGGUGUAUAUAAUAUGAUCAAAAACAUGAUAUAAAUAGCACACGUACCCUCUGUCGAAAUUGCGUAGAGAAAAUACUCAUACAAUUAAUUAUAAUAGUUUUAUGAACAAAAUUUGUUAAUGAUAUGUUCAUGAUACUUCCCCGAUAUUUAGUUAACAUUAUUUAAUGAAGAAAGUAGGUUUUAUACUGGCGGUUCUUUAUACUUCUACACACCUUUCAACACCUCCUUAGCCUCUUCUCGGAAGUGAAAAAACAACAUUGUAUUUAUGUGGAAAUAAUAUAAAGCAUAAUUAUGUUAUAUUGAUUAAAGUGAUCCCCCGAGUUCAAUAGGUUAUAUUGUUGUCUUGUUGGACCCUGUGACCAAUAGUCUUUGCAUCUACCAUCGAGUACCUCCGAUAUUUUGGAGGUUAAAACUAUAUAAAACAAUAAUGCUGUUUGAUAUGAUAUGAUCCAGUUAACAUGUAUGUCGUUAAUCGUUUACAAUUUAAAAAGACGUGUAAAUAAAGUAGUCCGGAAACAGUCACUUAAUUAUUGUUUUUUAGAAAAUAGGCAUAUAAACACCGAUUUGAAUAGCUUAAACCGUGAAGAUGUUUCUUAAAGAAGCAUUUAUAUUUCGGUCGCAUGUACUAUUACGAUGCUUGUAGAUUUUUUUUAAUCAGUACAUAAAGUAUUUGUAAAAUUCGUUCACUCAUUUUAACAUAUGUCAUUAUCUUUUCACAGGUUUCAUGUUUGCAACACUUGUUUUUAAAAAUUGGUUCAAACUGGGUCAUUUUUAUUGUUGUCUUAACAAACGAAAAACUGUAACUAACAGGUACUUGAUAUUUGGUAAAAUCAAUAAUACAAUUAAAAAUACAGGGGACAUCCAAAGAAGUGGAAAUUUCAAAAAAUAAUCUCUGUUUUAGGGAACAAGGCAAGGACCCAAACGACAAUGAUUUGUAGACAAAUAUGUCAAACAUAUUAACAUCACAUACACAGAUACAAACACCAAAAACAAACUGACACCACAUACACAAAUACAAAAACCACAACUAAGACCAUAUCCUCAUCAAAAUUGCUUCACCUUUAAAUGAUAGGAUUACCACCUUAGAACGGUCCGUAAAAUAAAAGAGUUCACUUGAACUCGAGUCUACUGGGUGCUUAAUUAAGUAAGAAUGGCCAUAACCUCACAUGAGCAUAAAUUUAAAACGUUAUCCAAAUGAAAGUAUCUAAGUAUUUGUACAUACCGACUACCAAGUCUUUCUGCGCAGCGCUAGAAGUAUAUAAAACCCGUGCAUAGGUGCAACCCGAGACUGAAAUGUGGAGAUACAGAAUUAUGACAGACUCUGACUUUGCUCGCUUCAGAAUUUUACAACCAACUAUCGCUCCGUCAAUUGUGUACAGGACGUGUUGUCGUGCUGCUCAGAGAAACAUUAUGCACGAGGUUGCAAAACAAUGGUGUCGCAGCUGUCGACUUGACUCUCUAACACUUUGUCAAAUCUGUAAUGUCCAAACCACGGACAAAAUUGUUCACCUAGUCAGCGAAUGUGCAGCAACAAUUGAAUUGCGAACUAAAUAUGUGUGCGCUAUUUCAUGUUUCGGCAUUGAGUUUGUAUCAGAAAUACUUCAAUUGGACGAAUCCAUGUUUACUAUGAAACUGAUGGGUGCACCUUUAGCGCCACUGCUUGACAAUAAUGACAAUAAGGACUUUCUCCUGAUAUCGUUCCAAUUUAUUAGUGACUGUCUGUCAUGUGUGUAAAUUGUUACGAAGAUAUUGUAUUGCUGUAUGAUGACGAUGCCCACUAAUUGGGAUUAUGUAUGGUCACACGUUAUUUGUAAUAGUUAUUAUUAUUAUUACUUAUUUGUAAUUACACAUUGCUGAUAUGUUUCUUUGAAAUGCUUUAGAAAUUAGAUAUAUAUAAUUGUACAUAUGUAUGCAUA